GCCAUUCGAUAUGUUUUAUUAGCAAGAAAAAACCUCUCAAAUGGUGCCAAAAAUAUAAUCCUACUUCAGUAUCGCUUGUCAGUAUGGCUGCAUCUUCCUCACAAGCAGGUUUAAGGUUGUGUUCGCUCUCUAGAUUUUGAGAUAAAUCUUCAAUCUCCCACAAUAUGAACCAUAAGAUUUGUUUGAAAGUUUUACUUGUAACAUUUGUCGUCUACAGCGCGCACGGUGCACCAGCUCAAGGAGUGGAUCCAAAUUUGAAAAGUUUUUACCACGAUGCAGACGAUACCGAGCAAAUGUUUUCCUAUCGAACAAACGAUGGUCAGGCACGGGAAGAAACGACAUCCUGGGAUCCGCAAACCGGUAAACUCGUCAUCUCGGGAUGGUAUCGAUACGUUGGUCCGGAUGGAGUCUUCUACACGGUGCAGUACGUGGCAGAUGAAAACGGGUUUCAACCAUUGGGUGCCCAUCUACCCGGUGCCGAUCCCAAUCCGGAUUUGUACACCAUUUCCACACCGUUUUCGGGCGGAAUCUCCAAAAGUGUGCUCCUAUCGUUGGUCGGAUAGAAAGCGUUAGUAAUCUCUGUCGUUUUGCUCAUCAAUGUGUGUAUGAGAUAGGAUAGAGAUAGACACUAAAACUUUUUCUUUUAAAUCAAAAAUAUAUACAUAUAUUUGUCAAAAACGAAAAUCUUUUUUUUUCCUUUCGUUUGUUGUAUUACAUAUAUGGUUAUCCCCACUU